CUGCCUGAGAUCUUACUACAUAAGGAUUUUGCAACCAUCUCCAUGUUCCCAUGGCUGAGCCUGACUUGGAUGCCCUCUUUGGUGAAGACAAUGCCGAGGAAUGCUCCGCGCCUAAGGUACACCCUGCCUUGUUAGCAGCAGUGAAGUCCUUGGCUGCAGAAGCCUGGCCAGUGGCACGGUCAGAGCUGCUGGGAGAAUCUGACGCUGCAGCUGUCAAGGUGCGGCUUCCCCUUGCGCCCGCGCUGGCGCGGGACGUGGAUCUAGCACUGGAAGCCAUGAAUGCCCAAGAUUGGUCGGACUGCGCCUCCAAGGCUGCAGCGAUCAGGAAGGAAGCGUGGAACGCUCUGAUGCGUGACAAAGGGUGGCAGAGACCAUGCGACAAAGAACUCUUCAUGCUGGUGGAGCUGAUACUUGCACUAUGUGCACAUGCAUCUGGCUCUCCUGCCACAGCAGUGCAGCAUGCUGAUGGUGCCUUCGUUUUUGCUGCAGCCGGUGCAUUUCGGUCUUGCGCUCUUCUUUUCAUCAGGCUACUGGACGAUGAUGCACGGAGGGCUUACCAGGCAAAAGAGAACGCUGUGUGCGGAUCCUUUCCUGACACUCCUCCUUUGGAUGCUUCACUCAGCAGAAGUGAUUCCAAAAAACGGCUUGAAAGACGUCCGUCGCCAAGUCCCUGCGAAUUGGUAGAGCUGCUGAAGCUCAGGCGGCCCUUUCUUUUCUCCCACCCAGACUGGCCAGCGGCGGCGCGGUGGAAAAGCCUGGCCUAUUUGGAUGGCAAUGUGGGACAUCGUUUGAUUCCAGCUGAGCUGGGUGCUGAAGUGGGAGCGGCUUCAUGGCGGGAGGAGCUCAUCCCUUUCCAUCGCUUCCUCAAGGAGUAUUUGGCGCCCAGCUGCUUUGAGCAGACCUCCUCGACUGCUUACUUGGCACAGCAUGAACUUUUUGAGCAAUGCCCUGUUCUGCGAGCUGACAUCCCUGUGCCAAGCUCUUGGCAGGAGGUGCUUGGGCCACCAACCCGCUGCAAUGCAUGGAUUGGAACGCACUCCACUCUGACACCCUGUCACUGGGAUUCUUACGACAAUUUUCUGGCGCAAGUGCAGGGCUUCAAACGUGUCGCAUUGCUCGCUCCGGAGCAAGCAUCAAGACUUUACGUAAAGGCGGCCACGGGUACUUCGGCCCAGGGCAACAUCUCACCAGUCAACGUGGAGGACCCUGAUUUGGCAAAGUAUCCCGAGUUUGCGCAAGCAGAAGUGCACCUUGUGGACCUGAGUCCUGGUGAUGUGCUCUUUAUGCCAAGUGGCUGGUGGCAUCAAGUCCGUGCAUUGUCGCCUUCGAUUUCGGUCACUUGACUCACUUGACCUUCGAAUGGCUGUGCAGAGAGGGAGAACUGCAGUGUUAGCACGAAUUGCAGGUCAAUUUCUGGUACUGAAAGGCUAGAAUUAUGCCAGGCGUGUCUGGCACUGCCCAUGCACCCGCCUUGUUGAA